AUGUUUUUAUCUAGUGGAAAGGUCGUGGGUAAUGUGAAUGUUACAACAAAAGAGCAAUGGAAGGAAGUGAAGGACAACAGAGUUAGAAGUGUAGUAAAUCAAAAUACUAGCCUCAAUAAUAAUGGAAUGGAGAUAGCACCAAAUAAGCAGCUUAAAAACAACAAGAACAAGGAGGGUACAAGCAAUGUAGAUAGACAAGCAGAAGCACAAAGCAACAGUGGUAAGGAAUUGGUGGCAGUAGACAAUGAAGAUAAUGAUCAUGUUCAAGUAGCUAACAAGUUUGAAAUAUUACAAGGGAUGGAGGAAGAGGAAGAACAUGUUAAUCAAUUGGCAAUGGUGGCAGGUAAUGCAACAACUAACAGUCCAGCAGUUCAUAACCAAGCAUCUACAAAGCAAAAACCAAAACAUAUGGUCAAUAAUGAGGGAAAGCUAGAUCCAGCAGCACAAUCCUUUCAUCUUAACUCAUCGAGUAUUCGUUCGACUAAUGGUCUAGUCAAUGGAAAGGAAGCAUUAAAAGCAAAAAACUAUACUGCACAAUGGGUAGAAAGAAGUUUCAAGGAUAAAAUAGGAGAUGGAAUAGUGAAGAUCAAUACAUCAUGCAAGGAAAUACCAUCACAAGAUACAGUUGUGAACAAGGAACUUAAUAAAACUCCAAAUACUAAAGCAGAAGGAUUAAAAUCGUCUACAUUUAAAGAAAGAGUGCAAGGCUGUGGAGGCAGGCUAUGGGAUGCACAAAGGGAAUACGAUUCAGAGGAGAACGAAGUACCACUAGGAGCACAAGCUGAUGAGGAACCAAAUGAGAAGGACAAAGAAGAAGAUGAGCAAAGUUUAAAUGAGCAAAGUGUAAAUGGAGAACUCCAUGCAAAUGACAACAAUACGUCUGGUAAUCUUUUAAUAAUGGGAGAUUCAGAAAUUGGUGAUCACAACAAUAAUUACCAGAUAACAGAAGUCACAGAAAUUAGAAAUUAUGAAGGAAGAGGCCCAGAGGUAAAUGAUCCGGGACGAAUAAAAGACGAUAAACUUCAGAAAGAACACAACACAACAGAUAAGGAGAAACAGCCAAACCAAAAAACAGAAAUAGCACAUGUUACUGGUACAUUGGAGAAAAAGCAGUUGCAGCUUUUAAAACGAGUAGAAGAGAAGGCAUUGGUCCUUAAAAGAAUGCAGGUGGAGCUAUAUCAGGGAAGGAAGACAAUAAAGAAGAAGAAGAACCUGGCAGAUCAGGAUAUGUCAUGGGUCACGAAUCAACUACUCAACACCUUAUGA